GGCGGGGCAUCACUCGUUUCUCGAACGUAUCCCGAAUACAGCCGAAUAACGCAUCUCUCGCAAUGGCACCGAAGGCUAGCGGAAAGGCGGUGAAGAAGGCCGGCAAGGCCGUGAAGAACAUCACCAAGGGCGACAAGAAGAAGCACAAGAAGCGCAGGAAGGAGAGCUACGCGAUCUACAUCUACAAGGUGCUGAAGCAGGUCCACCCCGACACCGGCGUGUCGAGCAAGGCCAUGAGCAUCAUGAACAGCUUCGUCAACGACAUCUUCGAGCGCAUCGCCGCCGAGGCCUCCCGGCUGGCCCACUACAACAAGAGGUCGACCAUCACCUCCCGGGAGAUCCAGACGGCCGUCAGGCUCCUGCUCCCCGGUGAGCUGGCCAAGCACGCCGUCAGUGAAGGCACCAAGGCCGUCACCAAGUACACCAGCUCCAAGUAAAUUGGAUGCGAUAUGACCAUUUGGCAAUUCUAAACAAUCGGCCCUUUUCAGGGCCAACAAUAAUUUAAAACGUUAAACAAAUUAUCGCUUUAUUAUUUUAUAUUCAAUAAAUUUUUAUUGUAUA